CGCUUCUUCCGCCACGUGGGUGGCCCGAGGCGCCAUGGCGACCACUCCGGCCCGGGUGCUGCUGGGGCUGCGCGACGCCGCCGUCCCGCCGGGCGAUGGCCUCCCGUCGCAGGGCGCCGCCAGCAAGCUGGGCGGGUCUCCGGAUUGGAGGCUCUCGGUCCCUGUGAUCCACCCGUCCUGUGAGGUUUGCGGGGCUGGCCUGCUCCACGUGGUGCAAAUCUAUUGUCCCCUUGAAGGCUCACAGUACCACCGGGUCAUCAACGUAUUUGCUUGUGCCACGAAAACCUGCUGGGGGAAUUCUGAUAGCUGGAAGGUGUUACGAUCCCAGUAUUUGCAAGUCCCAAGAAAAGAAAUACAAGACUCCACAUGGAAACAGGAGCAAGAAUGGACACAAGCAGCCACAGACUGGUGCAACGGAGCAGAUGACUGGGGAGAAAACUGUGAAGAGGCACCUUCUGAGCUGUGUGGGACUUUCAACUCUCUUCCACGAGAAACACAAUGUGCAGCUCUAUUGCAGAGGAUGAGCCUGGGGAAGAACAUGGGGUCCUUUUGUGAUGUGACUCGGGAAGAGCAAAUCAAGCCCUCCAGCUGUGCCCAGGAGUUCCAGCCCUACUACAUCAGUGUAGUGGAGGAAGAAGACUAUCUUUGUUGGGAUGAUCUGGAUGAUGCUCAGAGGCUUCUAAAGGAGUAUCAGCGGAGGGAGGAUAUGGAUUUGGAACAUUUGAUGUCAGCAAGUUACACCCCUGAUGGUUCUGGUGAGAAGUAUGAGAAGAGUGAAGCUGAAAAGAGAAACCAGAUAUUCUACAAAUUCAUGAAAAGAAUUUCCUGCUGCCAGGAACAGAUCUUAAGAUACUCCUGGAAUGGCCAACCUUUAUUUAUUACCCACCCAUCUGCAGAGUUCCAGACAAGAAUCCCACCCUGUAAUAACUGCAAAAGUAAGAGAAUCUUUGAAUUCCAACUGAUGCCAACCCUAGUCAACAUGCUGAAAACCAGAGAAAAUGAUAGAUCAAUAGAAUUUGGAACUGCAGUAGUAUACACAUGUGAGAAAAGUUGUUGGACAGCCAGUUGUUCUUCACCCUUGGAAGAAUUUAUUUUUGUACAAGAAGAUCCAGACCAGCGAUUGUUUAAAUAGAUUCUGUUUAAUUCCUUGCCUGACUGAAGGCACACAAGAAGAGUGAAUCAGAUAUCAAGCCCUGUAAUUUGUCCAAAAGAGAAAUGUUGACCUCCACUGGUCCUACCUGCCUAACCUAGUCCAGGCUCAGAAGCAUAUAUUGUGCAUAUGUGCAUCCAUGUACGGCUCUGUAAAGCCCUUUAGGUUGGGGGCUGGGUUUCUGCAUCUUCCCGCUACAGCUGGGCUGACCAUUCUGAUGCGGGGAGAAGCAGCUAUUUGUUCCCAAUUUCCUGGAGGCCCUGCCUUUUUGGUGCUGGAGCUGCCCUUCUGGAAUGGCCUUAACAGGUUCAUUCUUCUGUCCAGUGGUGGGUUGCAACUGUUUAACAACACACAGUGUUCAAAAUACAGCAAUUUGAAGCUCAGCUGCUUACCUUCCAAGGCAGCCCCAGUAAGUUAGAACAGUGGAGGUGUGGCAAUCAGCUGUGCCGCACGAAUCAGCUGAGCCAGAAGGAAGGAAAUAUAGGACAGGAUAGAAUGGGGGCCGGUGGGCGGGGCCAGCUGAUCGUCGGAACUACCAUUUCGCCUGAACCAGUACGAACCAGCAGCAGCCCACCACUGCUUCUGUCUCACAUUUGGUCUACCUUUCAGAAAAAGCUUUUCCAGCAGGCUUUUGAGACCUGAUAUUCUAUAUUGGGCCUGGGUUUUAAUUAUCGUAUUUAUCAUAUCAUAUAUUACUGUAUAUUCCUCUCUUGUGAGCUACCAAGAGUCAUAUGAUUGCAAUAUGGUAUAAAUUUGAUUAAUAAAUACUGUUACUGUU